AUGGGGGCCCCCCCUCCUUUAUUAGGGUCUAGUGUGAAGCAGCAAGAGGGUUCUGCUGCUGCUGCUGCUGCUGCUGCAGCUGCUGCUGCAGCAAGAGAAAGGAGACAGCCCGUUGCUAGAUACGACUCAAGGAGACAGUCUCCUGUGGCCAAGGCCUUUCAUCGUCUCCAGCGCAGCAGCAGCAGCAGCUGGGACAGCCGCAGCAGCAGCAGCAGCAGCAGCAACAGCAGCAGAAUGAUAAGCCGCAGCAGCAGCAGGAGCAGCAGCAGGCCUCUGAACAGCAGAAGCCAGCGCAGCAGCAGCGGCUCCUGGACGGACAGCAACAGCAGCAACAGCAGCAGCAACAGCAGCAGCGACAGCAGCAGCAACAGCAGCAGCAGCAGCAGCAGCAGCAGCAAAGUGUCUCCUGGGGGGCCCCCCACUAAAGAAGACCCUGAGGGGGCCCCCUCAUCGAAGGCAGCUGCGAAGGGCCCCCCAGCCGAAGCCUCCCUUAAGGGGCCACCCCCCUCUAAAGGGCCCCCAGGGGGCCCCCCAAAGGGGCCCCCUAAGGGGCCCCCGAAGGGGCCCCCUCCCCCUAAGGGGCCCCCCGAGGGCCCCCCGAAGGAGGCCCCAAAGGGGCCCCCCAAGGGGCCCCCAGAGGAAUUACCGAAGGAGGCCGCAAAGGGGCCCCCAAAGGGGCCCCCAGAGGGGCCCCCGAAGGGGGCCCCAAAGGGGCCCCCUAAGGGUCCCCCAAAGGGGCCCGCAGAGGGACCCCCAAAGGGGGGGCCCCCAAAGGGGGGGCCCCCAAAGGGCCCCCUUAAGGGGCCCCCGCCGAAGGUCUCCCCAGAAGGUUACUCUGCAGAGGGGCCCCUCAAGAAGGGGCCCCCGAAGAAGGGGCCCCCACCUAGUACCUCGUCCUCGUCUGAGGUGUCUCCCCGGGGGGUACAAACCCCCAAAGUGUCUCUUCAGGGGCCCCCCAAGGGAGGUGCAUGUGAGGGGGCCCCCAAGGAAGUACCCAUUAAGGGGGCCCCUGUUAAACUGUCUCCGGGAGACAAACCCUCACCAGGGCCCCCUCAAGCGCAGACACCUAGCCAGGGGCCCCUAGACAAAAAGGAGAAAACAGACUCGAAGGACCCACCCGACGGGCCCCCCAAGGGGCCCCCAAAGGGGCCCCCAAAGGGGCCUCCUCCCAAGGAAACCCCAAAGGGGCCCCCCGAGGGGCCCUCCAAGGGGCCCCCCAAAGGGCCCCCCCAGGGGCUCUCCAAGGGGCCCACCAAGGGGCCCCCCAAGGGGCCCCCCGAAGGGGUUCCCAGUGGAACACCAAAGGGUACCUCCACGGGGCCCCCCAAGGGCCUCCCCAAGGGGCCCCCAAAGGGGCCCCCGAAGGAGGGGGUGUCUACAGGGGCCCCCAGCAGUGUAGAGGCUCUAUCGGAGGAGACAGAGAGAAGCAGUGAGGGGGCCCCUAAGGGACACACAGAGGACGAUGCACCGAGCAGCAGGGGAGGGGCCCCCAAGGGGCCCCCACUGAAAUCCUCUAAAGUACAGGGGCCCCCUGCUAAGACCCCAAAGGGGCCCCCUUCUGAGGCCCCCAAGGGGCCCCCUCCCCCUGCUCUGUCGAAGCAUGCAGAUAUGCAGAAGGCUGAAGUAGUUGGGGGGCCCCCCACAAAGCCCCCCCCGAAGACCACUACAGAGAAAGAGGGGGCCCCCGGGGGGGCCCCCGCAGCAGGUGUUGUGCAGCGCAGCGUAAAGAAGAAACCACCACCUCCUCCGUGGGCAGGUGGUGGCCCCUCGAAGGGGGCCCCUCCUGUGUCAGGGGCCCCCAAGCAAGAGGAGACAGCCAAGGAGGGGACAGUACCAAAAGGUACCGACAUCAAGGGGGCCCCCCCAGGCCCUGCUGCAGAGCAGCAGAAACAGGGGGGGCCCCCUCUUUCUCCGGGGCCCCCACUUGAGAAAGAAGGCCCUGCUAAGACACAUGGGGGGCCCCCGUCCCCUCCCCCUGACUCGGGGGCCCCCCAAAGUGUCUCCGCUGCUGUUAAAGCUAAAGAGACAGGGGCCCCCACCAGGCCCGCACCUGAUGCAGCAGCAGGAAGCAGCAUGAAGGAGGGGCCCCCCAUGGGGGCCCCCCUCUCUGGCUUCAUUGCCAAGAAGCUAUCGGCUGGGUCGCAGGUUGUGUUGGGGAAGGGGCCCCCCAAGGGGCCCCCCAGUGGGCCCCAAGCAGCAUUUAAAGUGGUGAUGGUGGGUAGGGGGCCCCCACAGGCACCUGGUGCUGCUGUCUCCCCUAAGGGUGUCUCUCCUCCCGCAGAGACAGCAGCAGCAGCAGCAGCAGCAGCAGCAGCAACAGCAGCAGCAGCAACAACAACCCCCAAGGGUGUCUCCGCAGGUUCUGAAGGGGCCCCUAGCAAGGCCUUACCCAUAGGAGGGGGCCCCCAACAGAAGGCCCCUAGCAGCAAAGUUGAGGGCCCCUCCAAAGCCGCAGCGAAGGGGGGCCCCCCAACACCUCCUCCAGAGCGAGGAGAAGGAGACGGCACGGGGGAGGAGACAGUGUGUCUUCUUCUCAGGGUACGAGUUUCUCUUCUGGGGCCCCCAGAGGGAACAGGAGACAGCGAAACAAGUAAAGGAAAAGAAUAUAUAGCCGUCAACAGCCCUGCUUGGGAGACCCUCACCAGGGGGUGGAGCCAGGAGGAUUGGGGGGCGUUUGUGUUGGGGGAGGAGGAGACAGGAGAAGAGGAGACAGGUGCAGAGAGAAGAGAGAGAGGAGACAGAGAAGGAGACAGGAGAAGAGGAGACAAAAAGGAGACAGGAGAAGAGGAGACAGAUGUAGAGAGAGGAGACAGAGAAGGAGACAGAGGAGACAAAAAGGAGACAGGAGAAGAGGAGACAGGAGAUGAGGAGACAGAUAACAUAGAAGAAGGGGUUCUACCUGUCUCCGUUUUCUAUGCAGACGGAGACACUUCUCCUACGGUGCAGCAGGGCCCCCGCUGA